AGUUGUGUGUCAGUUGUGUUUUUCUCCAGGUCACUCAGCACUUCACUGUUCCCGCUUCACUGCAUCAAAUACCCCGGCUCUUGCUGCUUUACCUACCGGUGAAAAUAAUGAUUCAGUCUGGUAUCCUGACUCUGGGGCUUCAGCUCAUAUGACUCCACAUGAAGGACAAUCACACGGGGGAGCUUCUUCUUCAGGCCCUUAAUAAAGACCAUGUCUACCCUUUUCAUGCCCUUCAAGCCCGCGUUGUAACUGGUCCAGUAUGGCACAAGCGUUUGGGGCAUUGUGGUGAUAGAGUUCUUGGUAGACUUAGGCAGCAUAAAUUAAUUUCCACUUCCUCCUCCUUUAUUCAUGAUUGUGUUUCUUGUAAACUGGGUAAAUCCCACAGACUUCCUUUCCGUGAUGUUACUCAUGACUCUACUGCACCUUUACAACUUAUUCAUUCUGAUGUUUGGCAAUCGCCGGUUUUGUCCAAUCUUGGCUUCAAAUAUUAUGUUCUAUUUAUUGAUGAUUUUUCUAGGUACACUUGGGUUUAUCCAAUGCACAGGAAGUCUGAAGUAUUUACUCAUUUUUUAAACUUUCAAAAACUUGCUGAAAAUCUUUUUAAUUUGAAAAUUAAAAUUUUUC